UCUUGUGCAGCAUCAAGGGACAUAUCUAGCAAUAAAAGACAGAGCUUCCCUUCUAUAAACAGCUCUUAGAUACCUUCUUCAAUUGAAUCAAAAAGAUUAAAGCAUGGCUGAUUUUCAAGAGUACAUAAUACUUUUUCUCAUAUGGCUAAUAUCUGUGAUUGCAGUUAGAGCGAUAAUAAAAAGAUUUCGAAGCACAUGCCAUCUUCCACCAAGCCCACCAGCCCUGCCAAUCAUUGGACACCUCCAUCUCCUUGCUCCAAUACCUCAUCAAGCCCUUCACAAACUUUCAACUCGAUAUGGACCAUUAAUUCACCUAUUCCUUGGCUCUGUACCUUGUGUUGUUGCUUCCUCCCCAGAGAUGGCAAAAGAGUUCCUUAAAACCCAUGAAACUUCUUUCUUGGAUCGUCCAAUAGCGGCUGCUGUAGAUUACCUUACAUAUGGCUCAGCUGAUUUCUCCUUUACUCCUUAUGGACCUUACUGGAAGUUCAUGAAGAAAAUUUGCAUGACAGAACUUCUUGGUGGUCGAAUGUUAGACCAGCUCCUCCCAGUCAGGCAUGAAGAGAUAGGGCAGUUUUUAAAAUUAAUGCUAAAGAAAGCAAAUGCAAAUGAGCCUGUUGAUGUUGGAAAGCAGCUUCUAAGGCUAACCAAUAAUGUAAUAUCAAGAAUGUUAAUGAGUGAAAGGUGUUCAAAUAAUGAAGAUGAAGCCAAUGAGAUCAGAGAGUUGGUGCAAGAGGUUGCAGAGCUUACAGGGAAAUUCAAUUUGUCAGACUACAUUUGGUUUUGUAAGAACUUGGAUUUGCAGGGAUUUGGAAGAAGGCUUAAGAAAGUUCGUGAAAAGUUUGACACCAUGAUGCAUAGGAUCAUAGCAGAGCAUGAAGAGGCAAGGAAGAUAAAGAAGGAAACAGGUGAAAGAGAUUCAAUGAAAGAUUUACUUGAUAUUUUAUUAAGUAUAUCAGAAGAUGAGAACUCAGAAAUAAAAUUGACUAAAGAAAACAUCAAAGCCUUUAUCCUGGAUAUAUUUGCAGCUGGGACUGACACAUCUGCAAUUACAACAGAAUGGGCACUAGCAGAGCUAAUAAAUCACCCAGAUAUUAUGAAGAAAGCAAGAGAAGAAAUAGAUUCUGUAGUAGGGACGAGCAGAUUAGUAGAAGAAUCAGAUAUAAUAAACCUCCCCUACCUCCAAUCUAUAGUGAAGGAAACACUAAGGAUUCACCCAACAGGACCAUUAACUGUGAGAAAGUCAACUGAAGAUUGUACUAUUAAUGGAUAUGAAAUUCCUGCAAGGACUCAACUGUUUGUUAAUAUAUGGGCUCUUGGAAGGGAUCCAAAACACUGGGAAAACCCACUUGAAUUUUGCCCAGAAAGGUUUUCUAAUGCAGAGGCAAAUGGAAAGAGUCAGCUAGAUGUCAGGGGGCAGUAUUUCCAUCUAUUGCCAUUUGGAAGUGGAAGAAGAGCAGCGUGCCCUGGAACUUCACUAGCACUACAAAUAGUACAAACAACACUUGCUGCCAUAAUUCAAUGGUUUAAAUGGAAAGUUGAUGGAGGGAAUAGCACUGUUGAAAUGGAAGAAGGACCUGGUAUAACACUUCCAAGGGCUAAUCCCUUAAUUUGCUUUCCAAUGACUAGGCUAAACCUAUUUCCAUCAUUCUAGCAAGGAGUUAAGACUACAAGGCAUUAGUUAGACAUGGAAAAUGCUACGUCUCAUCUCUUUUCAAUAAUUUUUCGCCUCUCUUUCUGGGAAGGGCCUGCACAUCGAAUUCAAGACUUCAAAAUGUAACUAAAUG